GAGGUUUCGUUGAUCCUUUGCCGGGGCGCGAGAUUAUGACAGGCGUCUGGGCCCCACCCCCCCUUUCUUGUUACGUGGCAACAGAAACCGCCGCCGCUGCCUACACAGUUGCAGAGGAGGAGGUGUCUGGGAGGAGUCUGCAGCUUUUGGGAUCCCGAGAAGCUGGCAAACGGAGCCAGCGCUAGCAGAGACGAGUCAGAAAUCACAGCAGGGUUAUGCCCUCCAGGGCAAGAAGAUGUUUAAGACAGACCUGCCACCAGAUCCCAAGGAGGCAGCAGCCAUAGAGGCUAGAAGAAAUCGAGAAAAGGAGCGACAGAGCCGAUUCCUCAAUGUGCGGACCAGAGUCAUGGGGGUGGACGUUGAAGCCCUGAACAGCCAGGUGGAAGAGCGAAAGAUUCAGGAGGCAACAGAGCAGAGCAAGAAAGCAGCUUAUGGUACUAACCAGGUGCAGUAUGAUGUGGUGGCUCAGAUGCUAGAGAAAGAACAGGCAGAACGGACACGUCGGCUGGCCAAGAAAGUCCAAGAAUUUCGGGAGCAGAAGCAGCAGCUCAAGAACAGGAGUGAGCUUGACCUUUGGGAUCCAAACCGACUCUGGAAGGAGUUUCCACCUCAUCUCAGUAACAAUGAUCCAUACUGUGGCCCAGCCAGCCUGCAGUACUUCUCCGGGGAGGACCUGAAUAGAUCCACACACCUGAGAAUGCAGCAAGAGCAGUUCAGAUACAGCCUGGAGAGGCAGCUUCAAGAACAACAACAAGCCAGAAUUGACUAUAACUGUGCAGAUAUGCUCAAUAACCAGCUGCGCCUAGCCAUGGACAUGCGGGCCGCCCAAAUGGCCAAGCUAGAGGAAUCCUGCCGCAUGGCCAUGAUGUCUGCCAUGGCCAAUGCCAACAAAUUCCAGGUAGCUGAGGUGGCCGAGCGGCAGCGCCGUGAACAUCAGUGCCAACAGGAGGCAAACCUCACGGAGAUCCAAAACCAGAUCACGAGUGACCUACUGACUGAGAACCCCCAGGUCGCCCAAAAUCCUGUGGCUCCCCACAGGGUCCUGCCCUAUUGCUGGAAGGGCAUGACUCCAGAGCAGCGAGCCGCCAUCAGGAAAGUACAGGAGGUGCAACGCCAUGAAAAGGAGGCACAGCGCCAGGCUGAACAAGCAAUGGAUUCCGAAUGGGAAAGCCAGGCCGAGCGCCUGGCCAGGGCAGCACAGGAGCUAGAAGAGCAGGAGAGGGAGCUGUGUGCCGAAUUUCGGAGGGGGCUUGGCUCCUUCAACCAGCAGCUGGCUAAGGAGCAAAAAGCCCAGCAUAAUUACCUGAAUUCAAUAAUCUACACCAAUCAACCUACAGCCCAAUAUCACCUGCAAUUCAACACCAGCAGCCGCUGAGCUCAGGAUGGUCAUCUCUCCCUCCUCCCCCAUCAAGCUCGCAGAGGCUAAGAGUCAGAGAGUGAAAUGCUGCAGAUCCCCUUGGCCGAUCCAUUAGCGGUGGGAGAGAGCUGAGCCAGUGUCUCUACCUUUGACCCUACAUAUUAAAGUUAGUCACGAAAAUCAA